AUGUCGAAGCGAACAGUCUUCACCUCCAUCACGCCCCUUCCCCCGGGCAUCUCGCGCCAGACCGCCAUCGACUUCCUGCACAACCACCGCGACAUGAUCGACCUCAACCCUCUGGUCACCGACCGCCAUGUCAUCUCGCCUCCUCCUCACGCUCUGCCCGAGGAGCACGUCUGCACCUGGUACUCCAUCACCGACAAGAUCUCCUACCUCCCCGGCAACCUCGCCACCGGCGCCAUCUCCUACACGGCCGCCUUCCACGACCUGCCCAUGGGCCUGCAGACGCACUGCCACGCCCCCAUGGGCGUCGACCUGCGCGAGAAGUGGACGGUGGGAGGCUCCGAGCCGGGGGAAGCGCCGGAACCCAUGGAGCUCGGCCUGGGCGCGCCGCGGACGGGCCUGUACAUUCGCGAGGACGUCGUCAUCACCUGCAACGUCAUGAUGGCCAGCUUCAUCAAGAAGACGAUCAAAAAGGCACACGGCACCCUGAUAGAGGCCCUCACUGCCAAGGCCGCCAGAUCGAAGGAUGCCCAGCUGGCGGCAUCACAUUCGGAUCGGGCCCAAGCCACCACCACGCACUACAGGCAACAUUCGCAACCACCGCAGCCGACGGAGGCGUUUCAGUAUCGCGAUCAGGCGCCCGAUACGACGGAGCUGCACUAUGGCUACCCGCCCGAGGUCAUGGCGCCCCGUGCGAUGAGGACGCCUCCGCACGCAUAUGUCCCCGAGCUGCAGUAA